GCCAAGUCCAAUAAAAAUCAGACAAACUUUUUUUUUUAAAUCUGAACUUUCAAGGCAAGCCAAAACCCAAUUGGCCAAGCUAAUUAGCCAUGGCUAAUAGGGUUAAAAGAACAAAAGCCAUCAAUUAUUUAUACAAGUUUCGCACACAAAUCUGAUAAUGCCACUGCUACUUACUGUCAUUGAAAGUGUUUAGAAAAGCCAUGUACGUAACCAGCUAGUGUAUCAACAUAUAAAGGUCCAAAAGAUUUUGUGAAGCCUUGCCAGCACUCACUUCCUUUGCCAGUCUUUGCAGCAUCUCUUUCUUUGCUUUCCCUUGCUUAAUAUAUAUCUCUCUCUUGCCCUGAAAUAGAGGCAGCAGGGUUACCUGAGAAGUUUUAAUAUGUACCCAACGCCUGUGGAUAUCUAUCUCUUUCUCUCUCUUUCUUCAAAACUGAACCUUUCUUGUUUCUUUGUCGUGUAUCACAAAAGUUUUUCUUGGGUUUAGAAAGAGAGAAAAUAUAGCUGAGGGCACGCCACCAUUCACUUUUGCUGUUAGAAACCAACCAAAAGAAAGAACAAAGACUAACCCCUUUGUGGGGAUUCGUUGUAAACUCAUCUUCUUCUCUUUUUUUUCUUCAGAUCUAUUUCCAGCCCCCCCUUUUGUCCUUUCUCUCUGUUUUCACUAUUCUACUCUUCUGUUUGUUAUUUUUGAGCAUAAGAGGGAAAAAAAUGAGUAAAGAGGAGUUUAUGAAAAUCCAGACGUGUAUUCUCAAAGUCAACAUACACUGUGACGGAUGCAAGCACAACGUGAAGAAAAUCUUGCAAAAAAUUGAUGGGGUUUACAAAACCAGCAUAGAUUCUGAGCAAGGGAGGGUAACAGUCUCAGGAAAUGUAGACCCAGCUGUUCUCAUCAAGAAGCUUGCAAAAUCAGGGAAACAUGCAGAGCUCUGGGGAGCUCCAAAAGCAAAUAAAAACAACCAAAAUCACCUUGCCAACCAGUUCAAGAACAUGCAGCUAGAUAAUGGCAAAGGUGGGAACAACAACAAUAACAAAGGAGGCCAAAAAGGUAACAACAACAACAAUAACCAGCCCAAAGAAGGCCAGCCAACCCCUCAACAGCUGCAGCAACUUCAACAGUUUCAGCUUCAGCAGCAACUUCAUCAAUUGAAACGGUUACAAGAUCUGAAGCUACCGCAAUUGACAGACAUGAAGAUGCCUCCUAAUGACAACAACAAUCAGAAAGCUACCAAGUUUGCUGAAGAGGAAGAUUUUAGUGACGAUGAUUAUGAUGAUGACUUGGAUGAUGAUUAUGAUCUUGAUGAUGAUGAAUAUGAUGAUGAGUUGGAUGAUCCUCACCAUCCUCUUAACAAGAUGAAGCCCGUGAUUGGAAAUGGUCCCAAAGGAGUGCCCAACAUGAUGCUGAAUGGCAUGAUGAAUGGUAAUCAUCCUCAUCUCAUGAAUGACCAAAAGGCUGGCCAAAAUGGUGCUGUAAAUGGUGGAGGCAAUGGUAAAAAAGGAGGUAAUGGUGGAGGUGGUGGCAACGCUCUGCCCGUUCAGGUUCUUACUGGCUCUAGUAACGACGGUAAAAAUGGAAAAGGAGGUAAAAAAGGUGGUGGUGGUUGUGGAGGAAAUAAUAAUGGGGGAAAUCAAAAUCAAGGUGGUGGUGGUAAAAACGUAGGUAAAAAUGGCGGUGGUUUACCUCAGGAAGUAAAAGCUGGUAACAGUGGUGGUGGGGGAAACAAGAAUGGUGUUGCAAAUGGUAGCAAUGGGGGUAAAAAGGGAAAUAAUGGCGCUCCCAAUGGUAUUAAUGAUGGGUUCCCGAACAUGGGUGCCCUCGAUGGUGGUAACACGGGUCAUCAGAUGGGUAAUGUGAACAUGGCUAUGGCCCAAAUGGGCAACUUACCUAUGAGCCAAAUGGGUAACAUCACUGCAGUCCAAGGCUUACCGGCAUCUACUAUAAACGGUGUUGGUGGUGGUGGUGUUGGCGGCCGAUACUUCCAAGGGGCUGGUCCGGAUGUAAUGGCCGGCAACCCAUACCAUCAACAACAGUAUUUGGCAGCUAUGAUGAACCAUCAACGUGCAAUGGCAGGAAAUGAGAGUUUUCAGCCCAUGAUGUAUGCUAGACCAUCCCCAGCAAUCAAUUACAUGCCCCCGUAUCCGUAUCCGUACCCCUACCCACCGCUUCAACCCGACCCGUAUACCCACUUUUUUAGUGAUGAGAACACCUCAAGUUGCAAUGUGAUGUGAGGAUUUGGAUUUGGGUUGAAAGUUUGAUUAGGAUUUGAACGUGGUGGCAACAAUAGCGUUCGGUUAUAGAUGAAGAACUAAAAGUUUGAUGCCAUAAUAUAAUAGUUUAAUUUUCCCCGACUCUUUUUUUACUUAGUCCUUUUUAAUUUUUAAUUUUUUUAUUUAAGUGGAGUUUGAGUUUCAAUUAUUAUAGGGUAUUUAUAGAUAUAUUAUAUUAAAGUGUUUAGGGAGAGAGGAUGAUGAGAUGUAACUGGGAAUUAGUGUUGGGCAUUUCCCUUUUUAUGAGAAUGUUUAUAUUUUGCAAAACAAAUAAGAUAAAAAAGAGGAUGAAAUGGGAUGUUAACCAAAAAUGCCCAUCUCUCUCUCUCUCUCUCUCCCGAGAUGUAAGCGUUGUCUAGGUGUCUAGUCUUUUCAAUGAAGCGUUGUCCCGGUGUCUAGUCUUAUCAUCAGGGAAACAGUAUCCCUCUGUUUAUAAAAAAAAUA